CAUGCGCACAUCAAUUUCUGCGAGUGAAAAAGACUUUCAUUUCCCACACGCGAUUUGUUUGCCACUUUCAAUCACAUCAGUCCCAGGAGCACCUGGACCACGGUAGCAAAAAUACACAACACGACAGAAAAGGCAGGUCUCUGAAAUGGAAAAAACAAACCUUGUGAUGAAGGAGUUUAUAAGUGUUUGGGUACGAGAUCCUCAGGGACACAAGGAGGAUUUCUGGCACGCGUACAUCUCAUAUGAGAUCUGUCUUCAUACCAAUAGUAUGUGUUUCCGAAAGAAGACCUCUUGUGUGAGAAGGAGGUAUAGUGAGUUUGUUUGGCUGCGUCAAAAACUACAAAACAAUGCUUUGCUCAUAGAUUUACCGAAACUCCCUCCCGGAAAUCCUUUUUUCAAUCUUAAUAGUGAUUUCCAGAUCAGUCAACGGAUGCAGGGGCUGCAACAGUUUCUUGAGGCAAUUCUGCAGACACCAUUACUGCUGUCAGACAGUCUGCUGCACCUGUUCUUGCAGUCACAGCUGAGCAUUGCAAAAAUGGACGUGUGUGCACAGGGACAGACACAUUACACGGUUGCACAGGCAAUACAGCGAUGUGUCAGCUGUGUCCGUUUCCCUGUGGAGGAACAGCAACAAGAAGAAGACAGCAAAACAUGCUGUGACUCAGAUUGUGAAAGUACAACAUCCUCUGGCUUGGGCAAUAGUACAGGACGUGCCACACCUGUUGAAGAAGACUAUUCCUAUAAUGAAAGCUUUUCCCAUGAAUUUCAAGCCACAACCUCUGAGGCAGAACUCUGUAGCAGCCUGUCGUCAUCUCCUGGCGACCAGUAACGUGCACCCUUGUUAUAUGAACUCGAGAGACAUAUACAUACAUGUUCACACAUACUCUGUCAAAGAGAGUUGCUGCUCAGUUGCUGCUUAGAGCCUCCAGAGUUAUAUUUGGAUGGAUAUCGAGAGAAAAAAGAUCUUGAUUAUUGUUUUAUUACAUGUUGCGUUUAUGUCCAUGUUGUUUUGAAGUCUUUUUUUUUUUUUUUUUUUUU